UCAAUUAUUUAAACGAGAAACUACGUCUGUUUAAAUUACUUCCUCGAUUGAACACAGAAGAUGGCUCAGGACAAAUCAAUAUCGUCAAUUAUUUUAUGGAUAUUCCUAAUGUUGAUUGAAGACUGUGAUGGGAAUUACAGAUAUUAUAGUCCAUACAUGUAUUCAUACAAAAGCUAUUAUAGCUCCAGUGGCGGAUCAAUCGCAGGAGUUAUUGGGUUUUCUAUCGUUAUCAUUUUAACCAUCAUUUGCUGCUGCCUCUGCUGUAAAGGAAAGAAAGAAAAUGCCAACACUCGUGGUGUGAUGUACUUGAAUACAGGGACCCAACAACGGAUUGUGACAUCAAAUACAAACUUUGGGAUUCACUACCCAACACAAUCCAAUGCUGCAAAUUCCACUGCCAGAUUUCAUUCCCCUAUACAUCUUUCUCCAUGCAAUGGACAUUUUAACAAUGCCUUUCAAUAUGGAAAUGGAGUGCCAAGCUACAAGCUUGGUGCGUUACCUCUGCCACCGUAUACAAACGAACCUGCGCCAUCAUAUGAAUCAGUGGUUGGUCAAAAUACAGUGAUGUCCCCUCCUUACCCUUCACAGGAAAAAGGAUCCAACAUGACAGAUCCCCCUCCAUAUAAAGCUUAACAUAUAAAUUUUAAAUGAAAGUUACAACUGUAUGAGAUAUACUUACAUGUAUGCAAAUGCUUUUGCAU